AUGGAUGGUCUCGCAGAUGGGAUCAGACGCUCUGCGUUUGAGAAACUUGCGGCGUUAGCUGUCAAGUCUCCCGCGCGCGAUGAUGGAUCCGAAUUAGCUCGUCUCGCUCAACAGUCUCGCACCCGCAAACCUGAUGGAGCUUUAAACGGGGUGCUCAAAGACCAGGCCCCGACUUCUCGGAUCCCAAUGGGUAUUCGGGAACUUGAUGUCCUUCUGGCCCUAUGUAGGGCGGCAUCGUCCGUGGAUAAUCUUGAACAUGCGUCACGAUUGGUUCCACAGCUGUCGCGAUACCUGCCCGAGUCGCCUAGCCAGUUGUUCCGGCCAUCGCCAUUCCUACAAACUGUCAAGCCGUCACCUUGGGAGGCUCUCACCCAUAAUCUGACCGCUGCACUCCUGGCCCUGGGCAAUCAGUAUCCGCCCCUGCGUAAAACAGCUCUUGGCGCGAUCAACGGCUUCUUGAAAAAUUGCGCGGAGGCCAUCAGGGCAGUCACGCCGUUUCAAUACUCCAAGUCCGAAGCAGGGGGUCGAGGGGUCGUGCAUGAAUCUGUUGCCAUCUUGUCAAUCGCAGUGUCUUUGAUCGGUUUCUUGGAAGCCUCGGCCAAAUACACCGUGAUCUGGUCUGCAAGUGAGAAGCUGCAGAUUAUUGAACAUUUGCGUUCUGUGCUUUCCGAGCCAUUUAUGAUUGCGGUGGAGACAGCAUCAUCCACGAUUCGUAACGCUGCUGGUGCUGAGAAUUUAUUCAAGGAUUGGAGAAAAUAUGCCAGACGUUAUGCAGCGAACGGCCGUCCGUUGGGCGCUAUGCUGGUGCAGGAGGGCUUCAUGCGCUUUGUCAAAUCCUGCGCGGCAUCUCUCAUCGGAUCGCAGAAUCUGUCCGACGAUCAACUCUUGGAUGAAUACAUGGCGGGCGUCGGGAUUGCCAAAAGCUACGACGACGCCGAUAUUGCUCUUAUCGAGCGGAUCACGGACCUGAUCACCGAAGAAAUUCACCAGCUUGAAGAUGGGUCCGAUUAUCUGCAGGUUGGCUCGCCUUCCCAGCAGCAGCUUGCUUUCUCUGUAAAAGACAAUGCUUUGAUUGGCUUCUUGAACUGCGUCGUUCUGGGUGAGGACGCAGCCAACAAUGAGGUUCUUCUGUCUUGGCUUGAGGAUACGUUGACCAACCCUCAACAAAUGUCGUGCAAACCCUUGGCCAUGACGACCUUGAAAUGUACGGCAAUCCUCGCAAGGAUGUCUGCGGACGGUGCAUCUCUCGGAAGGCGAAGCCUCUUGAAGUUCCUGACCCAGGGGGGUGCAGCAUCGGGUUCCAUUGUGGCUGUUGCUGCUCGAUGUCUCGCUCAAAUUUUGAGUAUUCUCUCUGAGGAUUCAAUCAUCACAACCUUGUACUCGCUCGGUAACGCUUUGAGCCCCAGUCCAAAUGCUGACCAGUCCUCCCAAAACCAAGCCAUUGGGGACCCAACUGCACCUGAAAAUAAUCUACCGGCCUACCCAAAGACCGGAGAUGGGAGUCAAGCUUCCUUCCCUGCCGUUGGUGAAGAGGAGAGUAUAACAUACAGGAACGUCGUUCAUGCCAUUGUGAUCGUUGCCACCGGUUGCAACGAUGACAAAAUUAGUGCCUUGGCUCAGUCCAUGCUCCUCCAAAAAGUUGGAAAGAUCAAUGUUGCAGUGGAUGCCUACAUCAUUCAAGAAACGGCUGUUCUUGCCCUGAGUGGUGGACAGGCUGAGUUCCAACUCCUACUGAAGUUCUACGCCCGCAUUUAUCUCGACGGAAUCCAUAAAGGCUUGGAUAUGAUCUCCGAUGCGGUGCAGUGUGCCAUGGCUUAUCUCUCUGUGACGUUGGACCAACAAUCCCUACUUCACAGGAUCUAUCUUAUGCAUCUGCUGGAGAGUCUCGUCAACAAGGGUGAUGUUCCUGAUCUCGACAGUGAACGCCACAAGGAGGUUGUCUUCGCUCCUCGAGACAUUACUCCUCUUCUGAAACCGUUGGCGCUUCUUGUCUCUUCCAGAAAUACCUCGGGGACUUUACUUCCAGUAGAUGACUACGACGACGCUAUUUUGUCUCUUUUCCGUGAUGCUUGGUUCAACAUAGCGAUUCACGGCAUUUCGCUCAACUCAAACAUUGCUCAGAAGCACUACAAGGAGCUCUGUUUGCUUGCAAAUCAUUCUCCGCCGCUCGUGUCUGAAGAACGCAUGGAGUCUCUGGAGAGUGAUGUGGAGCUCAAUACAGUGCUCAGGAGGGGUGCAGGGCCACAACGAGUUUUGGAGCAAAAGCGCACUCUCAUUUCGGAGCUGGCUGGCAGAGAAUCCGACAUCAAGAAAUUAGACUAUCCACGCGCAGUCUUUCUUAAUGCCGUACUGCUGGUCGAACAUCUACGUGCUUCGUCCGGGGACUGCACCAAAAUUCUCAGCUAUUUCCGUGACCCUGCGCUUUCCACAUCCGAAAUGGUCACUUGCAUGACUGCCGUGGCUGACAAGACGGUGACUUGCUAUCUUUCCAACACCCUUUCGGGAGAAUAUGACGACUUUUCGGCUCCAUACUUGUCGAAACAAUUGGCCGAGUUCCUGGUAGCUUGCUGCCAUCGCAUCGAGAGGGUGCAAACCAUAGCGAUACUUUGUGCAGACAAGAUCAUUCGAGAGUGCCCCUCUGCAUUGUGUGAAAAACAUUCUCUCUUUGCCUUGCUUGAAAUCCUGACUGUGAUGUGGUCAUCCUGCCUUCAAGGAGAACUCGAUGAGUUUGAGUGGAAAGCAUCGCUAGUGUCGCCGAUGGGCAUAGUUAGAGUCGAUUUGCCCGAUAACUAUGCGCUGAGGAAGGUAACUCUAAAUCGUUUCCUUGAGCGAGCCAGAGCGUGGGUGACAGCAGUGUUGAACGUCGCCCCUCUGGAUAUCAAAGGCCUCCUUCAGACAUACCUCUCUGAGUUCGACGAUGAUGGCGUUUAUGGUCAUAUAUCAUUGGGCCGUUCUUUCGCCCUGGAGAUGGGUUCGCUCAUUCCGCAAAGUGAUCCACGACUAGGAUCUAUCGAAGGCUAUGAUGCCAACGAAAUCAAUGUUGCUUCCGACUUCAUGGCUCUUUACACAACUCGACAGAAGUACCGCCGACCCGAAGCAACUUUGCUUGACGGAUCGGGUGAAGACAUCUUUGGCACCAUUGGCCGGAAGCCCUCGGCAGAUAUUCCACCCGAGUCUGCCGAGGACUUGGAAUAUUCCCUAGCCCGUCUGUACGAACGGAGUAUGCGGGGAGGACAUAUUCCUCUUGUUGAAGUGAGGGAUGUUUUGCGGCAGGCCGCGGGUCUAAUUUGCAGCAGCAGCAAGCCGCGGCUUUCUGUCGUUCAUUACCUAGUUGCCUUGCCGUUCCAGAUUUUCACCAAGGAGAUCAUCAAGCUGGGUGUCUCUCUAUGGCUUGGUGUCAUUCAUGAAAACCCUAGCAUUGAGCCACGGAUUCUGGCUGAAGUAGUCGAGGCCUGGGAAAGAAGCAUCCAGCGCCGCCAGGGUUUGUUCGAUCCUACGUUCGGGUAUCUCGAUCCACUGCAUACCAAGAUCGAAUUGCUCCCUACGGAUAAGACAUUGAUGCUCAAGAAGCAGCAAAAGGCCCAAGACACACUUUCCCCACACUCACGAGUUCUUCAGUUCUUUGAGAGCCAUUUCAACGCCAUUCGCCUAGGCAAUCUGCAGGACCAGCAACUCUUUUGCCGUGUGAUUAGCAGUACUGUUGUGGCUCUCUGUCAGACUCAGGGCCAUCCUUUGGCUCGAGAAGUCCAUUUCCGCAUCGUCCUCUUCGGUUUGAGGGUUUUGAAGCAUUUGAGCCCGCAGAUUAUCUCUGCGUCUUGGAAGCUUAAGGAUCAAAUUCUUUCCGCCGCUCUCAGCUGGUUCAAGCACCCCCCAAGAUGGUCAUUCGGAGGCAAUCGGCUUCAGAUCAAAGCCGAAGACAAGAUCCUCGGUGACGUACUGUCUAUUUUGCGGAGUGUCGCUCACAUCGCUUCUCAGAACCAAGGACCGUGCAAAUCUCUGCAGGCCAAGCAGGAUUUGGUUCAAAUUCUCAUCGAGAAUGAGAGAUCUCGCCUUCGAGUUUGGUUGAAUCCUUUGGAGCCGGAGCGAAAACACCACAUGCCCUCACUUGGGGGCAAAAAUUCAACGGAGGGUGUUGUGUCAUUCCUCAAACUUGCCUGGACGGAGAGCCCCGGGUUGGCCAUUCAACUUGCCGCCCGGUUCCCGUCGGCCAAGAUGCACAGUGAUCUUCGAUGGUUGAUCCUCAAUCUCCCCGAAAAGGUGAUCAGUGAGGCAAGCGCUCUUGAAAUCAUGUUCGAAGCGUCCCUACCAUCCGAUGUCAAUCACCAACUGAAGUACCUCUUGUUCUGGGCACCGGUGAACCCAACUGAGGCUCUGACAUACUUCUUGCCCGCUUAUGGCAACCAUCCAUUCAUUUUGCAGUACGCCAUGCGCGCCCUGGAAAGUCACCCCAUUGAUGUUCGCUUCUAUUUUGUUCCGCAAUUGGUCCAGGCUCUACGAUACGAUGCUCUGGGCUACGUGGAACGUUACAUCCUCGAAACGGCAAAGCUGUCCCAGCUGUUCGCUCACCAGGUGAUUUGGAACAUGAAAGCGAACUCGUACAAGGACGAGGAUUCCCAAGUGCCUGAUCCCCUCAAGCCAACGAUCGAUCGUUUUAUCGACACGUUGAUAGCAAGCUUUUCCCACGAGGAGCGUAACUUUUAUGAACGGGAGUUUUCCUUCUUCAACGAGGUCACUGGUAUCUCCGGCAAGCUUCGGCCCUACAUCAAGAGGAGCAAACCUGAGAAGAAGGAGAAAAUCGAAGAAGAGCUCCGCAAAAUAAAGGUCGAAGUCGGGGUGUACCUUCCCAGUAACCCUGACGGUGUGGUCGUUGGAAUCGAUCGCAAGUCCGGCAAGCCCCUGCAGAGUCACGCAAAGGCCCCAUACAUGGCAACCUUCCGAAUUCAGAAGACACGACCGCGCCCUGAUGCAGAUGCAAAGGCCGAUUGCAAUAACCCCGGGGCCCACGGGCCUGAACAGCGUCAUCUUAUCGGUCCGACGGCGGAGGCUGACCAGGAGAAGUACGAAGUCUGGCAGUCAGCGAUCUUCAAGGUCGGCGACGACUGCCGGCAGGAUAUGCUGGCCCUACAGAUGAUUGCGGCCUUCCGAAGCAUCUUCUCCAGCGUGGGGUUGGAUGUUUGGGUCUUCCCGUAUCGGGUCACUUCCACUGCACCGGGAUGCGGUGUUAUCGAUGUGCUCCCCAACUCCAUUUCUCGUGAUAUGCUGGGCCGCGAGGCAGUGAACGGAUUGUAUGAUUACUUCGUCUCCAAGUACGGAGGAGAGGACUCGAUCCGAUUCCAAGAGGCACGUACCAAUUUUGUCAAGAGUAUGGCCGCCUACUCCGUCAUAUCCUAUCUCCUGCAGUUCAAGGACCGGCACAAUGGAAACAUCAUGAUCGAUGAUGCCGGGCAUAUCAUCCACAUCGACUUCGGAUUCUGUUUCGAUAUCGCACCCGGUGGUGUCCGCUUCGAGCGUGCACCGUUCAAGCUCACCUCCGAGAUGGUGGCCGUGAUGAGUGGCACUCACAACCCGGCUCAUCACAGUCUGCCGGGAACCAAUUCGCACAACCCGACUGCCACUCAGCCUUAUCGCUGGUUUGAAUCCUUGGUCGUCAAGGCAUUCCUGGCUUCGCGUCCCUAUUGUGCCAAGCUGUCGCACAUUGUAUCUCUAAUGCUUGACAGCGGCCUACCAUGCUUCAAGCCCGAAACACUCAAGAACUUCCGCGACCGGUUUGUCCUGGACAAGACCGACAGAGAGGCGGCGGAAUUUAUGCGAGACCUCACUCGCAAAUCGUACAUGAGCGUAUCCACCAAGGGAUACGACCAGUUCCAGCUGAUGACCAACGGUAUUCCUUACUGA